AUGUGCAACGAAAAUAAACACCAAGAGCGUGAUAAAUUGAAAACAGACGUGCUGAAAGAGAAUGACGGUCAAAAUGCUAUGAAUGACACAGUACUAAGUAACCGCACUUGUAGUCCGAACAUUCUGUUACAGACUUUGUACGUCAGAUUGCGAGGCAAUCAGGGAGGGAAAAUCGUGAGAUGUCUUAUUGAUUCUGGCUCCCAACGGUCAUAUCUGAGUAAACGAGUCGCUGAAGAAAUGCAGUACGAUCGUCUUAAAGAAGAGAAAGUUAUACAUAAUUUGUUUGGUGGUAAAGAACACAUAGAAAAACAUUACCGACACAGAGUAUUAGUCAGCAGUAUUAACAAAGAAUAUCACUGCAAUUUUGAGGUACUUGACCAAGAAAAAAUAUGUUCUAAAAUACCAACUUUGAAGUUAGAUCCAUGUGCGCAAGAAUUGAAUGAAAGAAAUAUAAUUUUGACAGAUCAAUUGAUUCCAAAAGAAACAGAAUCUAAAGACAUAGAUUUAUUAAUUGGAGCUGAUGUAGCAGGUAAGCUUCUCACUGGAAAAGUCAUAGUUCUGCCAUGUGGACUCGUAGCGGUCGGAACACAUCUUGGCUGGACCUUGAUGGGGAAAAUGCCAUUUGACGAUCAUGAUGACAAUUCUGCAAUGGUGGUAACGAAUUUAUUUAUGAAAGAUUUUACCAUUACAGAAAUGUGGAACCUUGAUGACGGUAUGAAGUGGCAUUACCGUGGGGCCGAAGAUCGUCUACCAUUACCUACAAAUAAAGAAUUAGCGCUUAAACGCCUGGAGACAACAACACGGAAACUUUGCUCUCAAAAUUUAAUUAAUCGAUAUGAUGAAGUUUUCAAAAAUUGGGAAGAUUCAGGCAUAAUCGAGGAAGUGAAACAAAGCGAAAAUAUUGAUAGCGGACACUACUUGCCCCACAGACCAGUGAUUAAAGAAAGCAGUUCUACUCCCGUACGGCCUGUGUUUGAUGCGUCUGCAAGAACUAAGUUUUCGCCGUCACUGAAUCAAUGUUUAGAAGCUGGACCCAAUUUAAUUGAAUUAAUCCCAUCACUUUUGCUAAGAUUCAGAGAGAAUAAAUACGGUGUCGUUGCAGACAUAGAAAAAGCUUUUUUACAGAUUAGCAUUAGGCCACCAGAUAGAGAAUAUCUUAAAUUUUUCUGGUGGAAGAACAUAGAUACAAAGGAACUGAAAAUAUUUCAGCACACCAAAGUUGUGUUCGGAGUAAAUGGUAGUUCAUUUUUAUUGGGUUCAGUUUUGGAUUAUCAUUUUCAAAAUUGCGUGAAAAAUACAGAACACGAUCAGAAAGUUGUAGAAAAACUGAAACAGUUUUUACGUAGAUAA